GAGGCCAGAGCCCCAGAGGCGGCCCGGGCCUUGGCGCUGCCCGACAAGGUGCUCCUGGAAGACGCCAUGAAGCUCUUCGACUGCCUGCCGGGUGCCGUGGAGCCCGAGGGUGCCCUGAGCAAGCCCCCCAGGCCCGCCCCGGCCGGCAGGGACGGCGGCGGGGGAGAGUGGGCCAGCGACAUUCGCGCGCUGCACCUGCCGGACGAGCUGCUGUCGCUCGACUACAGCGUGCCCGAGGUCCUGGACACCGUGUCCCACGUGGGCUACCUGUUCGACUUCAAGGCGCUCGAGGAGGACCCGCUGCCCCGCGCCGGGGACCGCGCCAUAGACACCACCCCCACCCUGCAG